AUGGUCACCAAUGCCGUUACUCGAGCGAAAGGCGACAUGCCAACCAUCGACCCUCUCCGAAUAGUCGCCAAAGAAAUGAAGUUCUUGACGGGGAAUAUCAGGCAGCUACUAGGCUCCGGACACCCUUCCCUUGACCGGGCUGCGAAAUAUUACACACAGGCGGAGGGAAAGCAUGUGCGACCACUGAUAGUACUCCUAAUGUCUCGCGCGACAUCACUCUGCCCUAAGAACGACUCUGCCCUCACCGAUGCGAACGACACCGUGAACGCCUCGAUAUCACCUCUCAACAUUCUAGCCGACGUCAAUCCUUCAUCUCCUCUUGCCGACUUCUCGUCCCAGCCUGAAUCUACCGAAAGCGAUAUCCUCCCUUCUCAACGACGGUUAGCCGAGAUCACGGAACUUAUUCAUACCGCAUCACUGCUUCACGACGAUGUGGUAGAUCACUCAAUCUCGCGACGAGGAUCCCCGUCUGCGAACUUCGAAUUCGGCAACAAGAUGGCUGUCUUGGCAGGAGACUUCAUGCUGGGGAGGGCCUCGGUCGCUCUGGCGCGGUUGCGCGAUCCUCAAGUAACCGAGCUGCUCGCUACUGUCAUUGCAAACCUGGUCGAGGGCGAGUUCAUGCAGUUGAAGAAUACAGCUCGCGACGAGCGAAAUCCAAAAUACUCGGACGAGAUUUUCGACUAUUACCUGAAAAAGACAUACUUGAAGACGGCCAGCUUGAUUUCGAAGUCAUGCAGAGCUGCAGCGUUACUUGGGAGAGCCGAUGCAGCCACGGUUGAGUCCUCCUACAUCUACGGCAAGAAUUUAGGGCUUGCAUUUCAGUUGGUAGAUGACAUGCUAGAUUAUACAAGAUCAGAAAAGGAUCUUGGAAAGCCGGCUGGAGCUGAUUUGGAGCUGGGUCUCGCGACGGCACCACUACUAUUUGCAUGGAAGAUGAAUCCGGAGCUGGGCUCCUUGGUAGGGAGGAAAUUCGAACGGGAGGGAGACGUACAGAGGGCACGAGAGCUUGUGCUCAAAAGCGAUGGGGUCGAACAGACGAGGGCGCUUGCUGCGGACUACUCCCAGCAGGCCAUCACAGCAAUCAGCACAUUCCCCGACAGCGAGGCGAAAGACGGCCUAAUAGAGAUGGCCAUGAAGACUCUCAAACGGCAAAAGUAA